AUGCCUCAUGAGAACAGUGUAGUUGUUGACUUGUCUAAAGAAAUUUUUGACUCUCAUCAACAAAAUUCAAGCAUUCCCAUUAACUGCAGGCGAUAUUCAGGCCAUAUUAAGGCUCUGUGUCUGGCUAUUCAGUGGAGUAGUGCUAAAGCGUACUGGCUACUCAGACAUGUGUUUACCUUACCAUCCUCCAAAAUUCUGAACCACAUUCGUCAGAUUGUUCCUUUAACCAUGGGCAUUUCCAAGACUGUUCUUAAUAUCAUGGUUUCAUGUCAAGCUGUUAUCAAGCAUUGUGUGCAUCAUGGUUAA